AUGACACCCAUGGUGCAUCUGUUGUUGCUCCCACUCCUGUUCAGCAUUGCUGGUGGGACGAGUCUGGAGGAGAGGAAGGGCCCAUUGGCAGAGUUGGUGCAGUCAGUGCCAGAAGGGACACCCGUGCCCUAUGCCAUCUAUCAGUUUCAGGCGACCCAUGCAGGUGUGAACAGUUUCAGGCUGACUGGAGACGGCAGUGAUGCCAUUAAGAUCUCAAAAGAUGGGUGGCUUUACCUGGAGAAGCCUCUAGAGUGGUCUCAUGAUGCCAGUUACAAGAUGACGGUGGAGGCAUUGGCAGAUGAUACAGUAGUGGAGGGUCCAGUUUCUGUGACCAUUAAUGUGCUUGACAUCAACAACCACGCUCCACAAUUCAACCAGAGUGGCUAUUCAGCUUUGGUCAGAGAAAACAAUCCAGCAGGUGUCCCGUUUACCCGCGUGUUUGCAAUGGAUCAGGAUGACCCCACAACUCCCAACGCUGAUCUGAGAUAUAGCCUGGUCAGCCAGAUCCCCAACAAAGGCAACACUGCCCUGUUCCAGAUAAACCCCAACACUGGAGAGAUCUCCACCACGAAAGAAGGGGAAAAGAUGCUGAAGGCCAGAGAGGCUGUCCAGUAUGGCAGAGGAGAGGAGCGGAGCAUUGAUGAUCUGAAGACAAAGUUUGAAGAAUACUGUCCCGCUCCAACGAUCCCCUUUGAGCAAAACCCCUUCUUCUCCUGUGUGGAGAGAGCAGAGAUGAGGAGGCAGAAUGUGGACCCCAUGGAGGACCCAGACUACACUCUAUUUGUGCGCGUGCAGGACCUGGGAGGAGAGACAGAGACUGCACUGAGUGGAAACACCAGAGUUCAGAUCGUUGUACAGCAAAACCUUUGGGUCAAUCCUGGACCCAUAACUAUUAAAGAGAACUUAAAGGAAACUUACCCUAUGGUCAUCGCAAAGGUCCAGUCUAAUGAGCCCAGCGCCAUCUACAAGUUAAUGCAGAAAGAGCGAGAGCUGAAAUUCCCCUUCCAGAUCAGAGAAAAUGGAGAAAUCUUGCUGACAGAGGAGCUGGACAGAGAAGACAAAGACAUGUACAUCCUGGUGGUGUUUGCAGAGGAUGACAAUCAGAAAGAGUUGGAUCCACCCAUGGAGAUUCAAGUUAUUGUGGAGGAUGUGAAUGACAACGAACCAGUGUGUGAGGAGAAUGUGUUUGAGGUGCAGGAGGAUGAGCCUGCAGGCAGCCUUGUCAACAAGCUGUUGGCUCAUGACGCCGAUCAAGAAGGGACACUGAAUUCUCUGCUGACUUACACCAUCAUAUCCCAGGAGCCACCCACACCUGCAGCCUUCUCCAUCGAUGCCGCUUCUGGACAAAUUCAGACGUUGCGCAUGCUGCAGCGUAAAGAACACCAGAUAUAUAGCCUCAAUGUGAAAGUCAACGACAAAGAUUACAGCACAAACUGUAAGGUCAUCAUCAAGGUCAUCGACGUCAACAACGAGCUGCCUCUGUUUGAGAAGAAUGAUUAUGGCAGCCACACUCUAGAGGAGGACACACCAUUGGGACACACAGUGCUGACCAUCAGAGCCACAGAUGCUGAUGACCCAGACAGCGGCAGCUCCCGUAUUGAGUUCCACAUCUCUGCUGGCAACGAUGAUGGCGUUUUUGCUGUGCAAACAGAUGGCAACGGCGUCGGCCAACUGGUCAUAGCUAAGCCUUUGGACUUCGAGUCCACUCCCACCUAUAAGCUCCAGAUUGAUGCUCGCAACCCUGAGCCUCUGAUGAAAGGUCUGGAGUACGGCAGAGAGUCCACAGCCUUCGUCUCCGUGUCUGUCAAUGAUGUGGAUGAGGCCCCAGAAUUCAGCCUGGACAUCCUGCAAGUGACUGUGCCUGAAAACACCACCAAGGGAACCGUGCUGCUCACUGUGGAGGCAAAGGACCCAGAGGGCAAAGAGAUCGGUUUUAAGUUGGACGGUGACGCUAAAGGAUGGCUGGUGAUCGAUUCUGCCACUGGAGAGAUCAGGACUAAAGACAAGCUUGACAGAGAAACCCAGGAGGAGUUUGAAGUCACUAUCACUGCCUUUGAGAAGGAGCAUCCGGAGAAGGCAACUGAUCGCGUCAUGUCUGUGAGGCUGCUGGAUGUGAAUGACAACGUUCCCAAACUGACGGAGUCCCAGGCCUUCAUCUGCGUGAAGAAGCCCGAACCUGUCAUCCUCAAGGCCCAAGACGCAGACAGCGCCCCCUUCUCUCAGCCUUUCACCUUCACCUUAGCCCACGGCAAGAAAUCCCCCAACUGGGACCUGCGCACUAUUGACGAUACAACGGCGAAACUGACUCUGAAGAAAAUACCAACUGAGGAUAAAACCUUCACACUCCCCAUUAACAUUAAAGACAAUGCAGGCAUGGGUGUCACACAUGCAUUUGAGGUGAGAGUAUGUAACUGCACAGAGCUGGGCUACUGCUACGUCGCACCAGGUGAGCACAGCUUCAAAUACGGGAUGGGAACCACCAUCGGGAUCCUGGCUGGCACUCUCGGAUUCUGCAUUCUUAUCUUCAUCAUAGUGAUCAAACGUGUAAAUAAAGGAGGCAAGAAAACAGCUCUGACUGAAGAGGGGGAUCCCAUGAUGUAAAGAGUACACACACACACACACACACACACACACACACAUAUUUGUAUUUCUUUACUUGUGAGGACUCUCAAUGGCAUAACACACUCCCUAUUGCCUAACUUGAACAUCUAAAUGCUUAACCGCAACCCUUUUUCUAAACUUAGCCUAAACCUUAUUCUAAUCUGAGUCUUUUUUUCUAUUUUAAGAGAGUCUUUUCAACAUUUGACAAGUGAAAACAGAUCAUUCUUGUUCAUUUAUAGUGUUUUUUUCUUUUAAUCGAUGUGAAAAAAAAAACAAUAAAUACAUGCAUAACCCUCAAACAGCCCUUUUAGUACGUGACCUCCACCUCAAGGCCUAAAACUCAAAAAGGUCCCAACAAAGACUUAUGUUUUGUGUGCACACACACAUUUACUUUAGCUUAUUUUAUUUUAUUUACAAGAGAGAGUUGAGCUUGAUUAAUAGGUGCUGUGUCUACUUAAUUAACUGUUAGUUCCCAUCCUAAUCGCUCAUUUAUGCUGCUUGUUGACUUAAUUUAUUAAAAAUGUGACUCCCAGACUCAGAUUGUUUCAUUAGCAGUUUCAUCAUCUCAAGUGAUUCAGUUUAUCAAUGUGCCCCAGAGCUUGUUUUUGUUAUUCACUUCUGCUUGAAUGUAACAACCAAAUGUUGAAUAUUGUGGAUAGCUGGAAACAUCUUUAAUGUAAUGUUAAGAGACGUCUUACACCCUGAAUGUCGCUUAACAGAGUGAUGAACAGUAACUAAUCUGUUUUGUAAUAAGCAGUUGCUGCUCUGUUUUCCAAUAAACAAAA